UCAGUUACCUUUUCUCUCUCACUCUUAUUCUCGCUCUCACUCUUUCUCCUUCCUUCUCUCUCUCUCACUCUCCCCUUACUCUCUCUUUCUGUGGGUUAUUUGUGAUAUUUACACUGAAACAAUUAUUUUGAUAUUUAUUACACUUACUCAAUGGGUGAACAUCAAUCAGCACUUUUGUUGAAGAAACAAUUAAAUGAUUUAAAGAAAAAUCCAGUUGAAGGAUUCUCUGCUGGUCUUGCUGAUGAUGAUGAUAUUUAUUUAUGGGAAGUGCUAAUUAUCGGUCCACCAGAUACAUUGUAUGAAGGUGGUUUUUUCAAGUGUCAUUUAUCCUUUCCAAAGGAUUAUCCCUUAAGGCCACCGAAGAUGAAAUUUUUGACUGAAAUUUGGCAUCCGAAUAUUGAUAAGAAUGGAACUGUUUGUAUUAGUAUUCUCCAUGAACCUGGUGAUGAUAAAUAUGGAUAUGAGAAAGCAUCUGAACGCUGGUUACCUGUUCAUACUGUGGAAACGAUUAUGAUUUCUGUUAUUUCAAUGUUAGCUGAUCCUAAUGAUGAAUCGCCAGCCAAUGUAGAUGCUGCGAAAGAAUGGCGUGAAAAUCCAGCCGAAUUCAAAAGGAAGGUAGCACGUUGUGUUAGAAAAAGUCAGGAUAUGUUAUAAUAAGGAACUAAAUUAUGGUUUUCAUUUAAUUUCUUUUCUCAAUCAACUUGCACUUUACAUCUAUAUAAAAAAAAAAUUUCUCUUUUCUGUCCUUGUAACUGAUUGUUAACUCGAAUCUUUUUUAUCAAUUAAAUAAUCAACUUUCUCAGUGGUUCGGUUUGACCAAUUA